AUGCCACACACACCUCCCGUCACUGCUCAUGGAACACUACCCACCCACCGCAGCUUAUUUCCCACCAUCACCCACCGUACACCUCCCCACCACACUUCCCAACACCACCCAUCGCUCACCACCCACCUAUCGCACGCCACCACCCACCCAUCCUUUUCUCACGCCCAUCGCACACCACCACCCGGCCUUCCAUGCUACUGGCCCAUCGAACACCACCAUCCAUCCUUACUACCCACCCAUCGCACACCACCACCACCCACUCACCCAUCGCACACAACCACCACCCACUCACCCAUCACACACAACCACCACCCACUCACCCAUCGCACACAACCACCACCCACCCACCCAUCGCACACCACCACCAUCCACCCACCUAUCCCACAUCACCACCACCCACCCAUCCAGACCAUCCACACCACCCACCCAUCGCACUCGUCAUCCUUGAAUGUUAACAGAAAAGUCAAGACUCUCUCUUUUUAA